AUGAGCGCCUCCCGCCUGCCUAAGAACUUCUUUAAGAUACUUGUGAAUCCCGGAAGUCCUAACAUCGACAUAGUCGCCGUCCAUGGUCUGAAUUCUAUGAAUACUGAAUUCCACGCCGAAUCAACAUGGAUGGCCGAGGGCAAAUUAUGGUUGAAGGACUUCUUACCUUUUAAAUUGCCAAAUGCGCGGGUUCUCUUAUUUGGCUAUAACUCCAAUGUUGCCUUCGAAACCUCAAUCGCCGGUGUUCGGGAACAGGCUGUGAAUCUUUUGAAUAGGCUAGCGUCUAAGCGUGAGGAUGCUGAGGAGAGGCCGAUAAUAUUCGUUGCUCACAGCCUUGGCGGCAUUAUCGUAAAGUGGGCAUUGGUUGAAGCGAAACUUGAUGAUAACUACAAAGCUAUUCGUGAUGCUACUUACGGAAUUGCUUUUUUCGGCACACCCCACCAAGGAGGCAACUUUGCGAAGCUGGGAGACAUCGCAGCCUCUAUAGUGAGAGUUGUCCUUCACAAUCCGAAGAAUACGUUUAUGGAGGCCUUGAAGAAAGAUUCGCUAUUUUCAGACAAUCUUGUGGACGACUUCCGCCAUCAGCUGGAGGAUUAUCAUGUCUUGAGCUUUUACGAGACGCUUCAGAUGGGGAAUCUAGGUCUGAUUGUGGACAAGAAAUCCACUACUCUUGGUCUUGCUGACGUCCUCUCGCAUCAAAUUUUACCGAAAAGUGAGGCAACCCAGAAUAUCUCUACUCUGUCUGAUUGUGUUCAUGGAGGUCCUGGCGAUGGAUAUGAUAUUAGCGAAUUUUUUCGUACAGCCGACCAUGGUUCUAUUCUAAUUACUUCCCGGAUGCAGAGCUUGACUGAGCUCGGAAAGUCCUUCCCAAUCCAGAAGCUUGAGUAUGAGGAUGCUAUUCAACUGCUCUUACAGCGCAGCGGUCUGCCAGUCCCGGAUCUGAUCAGGAUAGAGGCGAUUGACAAUGAUAUCAUUACCCUCAUGGGCCAUCUUGGUGGAUUACCAUUAGCGAUCGUCAUUGCAGGCACAUAUAUACGUGAAACUGGAACCAGCAUCCGGGAGUACUUACAGCACUACCAGGAAUCAUGGCACAAUCUGCAGUCAGAAUCCAGGCCGGAACGUCAUUACCAGCACGGGAAUAUACUACAAACGUGGUUGAUUUCCUACAAUGAGAUCAAGAAACGAGAUCUCGAUGCAGCAAAACUGAUGCUGCUCCUAGCUCGCUUUGAUAAUCGGGAUAUCUGGUAUGAGUUAGUGGAAUGUGGUAUUCAUAGCUUGAAUCAGCCGACGUGGUUUCAGAGAGUUAUAUCAAACAGCCUUAUCUUUAAGAAAACCAUGCGGACACUUAUCGGAUUCUCACUUAUCGAGGCCAAUCAGCAAAAUGGAAGCUAUAUGAUGCAUCCUGUUGUACAAGAUUGGUGUCUUCACAUCACCGACAAGGAACAUAAUGUGAAGGCAAUUCAAUUACAUGAAUUGGCACUAAUCUCUGUUGGGUAUAUGGUAUCUAGCAACCAUGAGUUAAAUUAUUGGGACCUCCAACAGCGGUUGCUAGCUCACGCAAGUUAUGUCCUCAAAAAGUGGAAUAGUGACCUAAGGACUAGUGACAUCGAUAUCCGGGGUGCAUUUUAUGGAAUAGGCAAUCUCUAUGUCAACCAGGGCAAGCUGAAUGAGGCGGAAGAUAUGUACCAACGAGCACUAGCAGGCCAUGAGAAUGCAUUGGGCUCAGAUCAUCUUCGAACUCUCAACAACCUUGGGGUUCUCUACUUCGAUCAAGGAAAGUUAGAGAAGGCUGAGGAGAUAUAUCAGAGUGUGCUAGUAGGUCAUAAAAAGAUACUCGACCCUGAUCACGCAUUUGCCCUUGAUGCUAUCAAUAACCUUGGGAAUGUCUAUUUCAGUCAAGCUAAGCUGAAGGAAGCAGAGGAGAUGUAUCAACAAGUAUUAGUAGGACACAGGAAGAUACAAGGUCUAAAUCAUAUAUCCCUUCUUAGAACUCUCAACAAUCUUGGGAUUGUCUACUUCGACCAAGGAAAGCUGGAGAAGGCGGAGGAGAUGUAUCAGCGUGCGUUGAAAGGCUAUGAAAAGUCACUUGAUCCAGAUCACAAAUUCACCCUUGAUGUCAUAAACAACCUUGGGAAUCUGUACUUCAACCAGGGAAAUCUGAAGGAGGCGGAGUCGAUGUACCAGCGAGUAUUGACAUGCUAUAAGAAGGUAUUGGAUCCCGAUCAUAUAUCCGUCCUUCGAGCUUUUAAUAAUCUUGGGAAUGUCUAUGUUAAUCAGAGAAAGCUGAAAGAAGCGGAAGAGAUGUACCAACAAGCACUAACAGGCUAUGAGAAGACUUUAAGUCUAGAUCAUAUAAAUGCCCUUCAUAUUGUUAACAAUCUAGGAAUUCUUUACCUCAAUCAGGGUAAGCUAGAAGAGGCAAAAAUGAUGUAUCAGCGGGCAGUAGCACACCGUGAAAAGAUACUGGGAAUGGACCAUACGUCUACACUCGACUCAAUAUGCUGUCUUGGGAUUCUCUACCUCAACCAGGGUAAGCUAAAAGAGGCGGAGGAGAAGUACCGACGAGCACUAGCAGGGUACGAGAAGGUGUUGGGCUUAAACCAUCCUAAGAGCCAAGAAGUUGCAAAGCAACUCAAUAUGUUAAUUAAUUCUAAACGACACUAA